CAGUGGAUCUUGAAAAUUCCACCACUGUAAAUACACGUCAUUUUUUCGUGACAAGGAAGUAAGGAGUGUCUGUGUGCCUGCGCCUGAACCAUACAAGAGAGGUCUGUAUCUAAAAGUUUUGUUCGCCUAAUAUAUAUUUUUCAUUAAAUAAUAUAUAGCUGUAUAUUCACCAAACGAAGAUGGAAAGGUAGUUAGCUAGUGAACGUCUAUUUGUUACUGUUGACAUCCCAACAAAGCAAGAUCAAUGAGUUAAUAUUCUAAUUUUGUCCGAAUAUUCUGAAAACUUUAUUUUUUAGGAAGAUGAGCAUACAAAUGGGCACGGUCUAAUUUACUCAACAACCAAGAACGCAUAUCUAACCGUUGCUUUCUUAAUGGACCAGAAAAUGAAUAGUUAUUUCUGGUUGUUUAUCAAAGUACAUUGGUUAACUGAUUAAUCCUGUUUUGUAGUAUACCCCUCUGGACUACACAAUGUACUAAUCCGGGCUGUUUUUCCUGGGAGGAGUUAGCGAACUAAAUAGACGUCUAGUGCUAACGUUAGUCACACGAGUCAUAUGAUUGAAUGAACUGAGAAUACUUUGCUGACUGAAUUUGUUUGUUGAGACGGCAUCUGUAAGAAUCUUUCUCUAACCUCUUUCAGGGCCAGAUUGCAGCUAUGGAUAUUCACGCUGCUUUCAUCAUUGUUCUAUUCGCCGCGAUUGCUCUCACCUGCGCGGAACCUGUGAAAUUUGUCGAUUGUGGUAGGUUUUGAUUGAGGUGUUGUCAUUUUGAUGAAAAAUACUUAAUUUAUUGACGGGUUUGGUCAUAUCUUGUCAGGUGAGGAUGUAUGACCUAUUAGUUGCAAUGCUCUAUUCAUUUACCACAAGGGUGGGGUACCAAAAUUACAGAUGUUACAAGGUGUGAAUCUUUGGCUUGGUUUCCUUACUAGAAUUAGUGACAAUGGAACCUGUCUUCUGUUCUCUCCAGGCUCUGAUGUUGGUAAAGUGGUGAUUGUUGAUAUCCACCCUUGUCCUAAACAACCAUGUGAGCUCCGUAAAGGACAGGCCUAUGCUGUCAAUGUGACAUUCAACAGUGGUAAGUAUAUCAUCAACAGAUUUUUGUUAAUUCAAAGUAAAUGAGGCGUUUUUGUUAAUCCCUCCUGUGCCUCUUGUUUUAGCGGUUGAGAGCCAGACGAGUAAAGCAAUUGUCCACGGUUUAAUCGCUGGGGUUCCCAUCCCAUUCCCCAUCCCCAUUGAAGACGGUUGCAAGUCUGGGAUUGAGUGCCCCAUUCAGAAGGCACAGAGCUAUCACUAUGUGACUCAGCUUCCAGUGAAGUCUGAGUACCCCUGUGUAAGUAUGCCUGAAAUAAUUGAGCACACCAUUUUAAUGCUCUUGAGAAUGCUGAAAACAAGAUGUUCCACUUUUCAUUUCCUCAAUGUGACCUUAAAGUAUAAAAGGGUAGCCUCACAAUGUCUUGACCACAACAGAUAAAAAGGGAAACAUUUGUGUGCAUUGUUGGUACAAUGUCCCCUAUACAGGACAAAAUCUCAAUGUGUCUUCAUUUCUAGAUCAAGCUGGUUGUUGAAUGGGAGCUGAGAGAUGACACUGGCAAAGACUUGUUCUGCAUAAAGUUCCCAGUCCAGAUCGUAAACUGAGAUUUGUCUGCAGUACCACCUGAAGGGAAUUUUAAAAAAGGGAUUCUAAUGUGACCUGCUUAAACUGAGAUUAGCCUACAUACACAUUUGAUGCAUUAUUCUAUAAUUUAAGAAUUCUGAUUUUAAGUAUUGAUUCUGUAGGUUUUAAAUGUAUACCGUAGCUUUUUCAGUUGUUUUAAAACGUAACUUCCCAUGCAGGCAUUUUGGGAUGUUGUGGCCGACUGUUUACUCAUAACUGCAUAAGUGGGUUGUUCCACCAAAUUUGUACCUAAUAACUGUGGGUGCUUAUAUUUUUCCUAUUCCAGACACGUGUGUAUUAUACCUAUGUGUGAAUUGAAAAUGUGUUUUUUGCAUAUCUGAACUCCCCCUGAGACCCUUGGAGAGUGGGGUCACGACCAGGGUCAGCCAUUAUCAACGGUGAUCCUGGAGCUAUUAAGAUUUAAGUGCCUUGCUUAAGGGCACAUCGGCAGCUUUUUCACCUUGUCGGC